UGAAAAAAAAUGGAAGACUUUAACUGGGAGGAUUUCUUUGACGAUUAUAAUUACAGCUCUGGCAUGCCCAGUAUUCAACCAGGUUUUUCCCCAUGCCUACCACACUACCUGGAAAUCAAUACUUCUGUGGUGAUCUUGAUUUAUGUCCUGGUGUUCCUGCUAAGCCUUCUGGGAAACUCCCUGGUGAUGCUGGUCAUCUUACACAGUCGGGCAAACUGCUCUGUCACUGAUGUCUACCUGCUGAACUUGGCCAUAGCUGAUCUGCUCUUUGCCCUGACCUUGCCCAUCUGGGCAGCCUCCAAACCAAACGGCUGGAUCUUUGGUACAGCCCUGUGCAAGGUGACCUCAUUCCUGAAAGACGUCAACUUCUACAGCAGUAUGUUGCUACUGGCUUGUAUCAGUGUGGACCGCUACCUGGCCAUUGUCCACGCCACACGCACAGUGAUCCAGAAGCGACACUUGGUCAAGUUUGUAUGCUUAGGCAUGUGGGGACUGUCUCUGGUUCUGUCCCUGCCUGCCUUACUUUUGCGUAGUACUGUCUACGCUCCCAAUGUCAACCCAACCUGCUACGAGGACAUGGGUAACCAGACAACAAAAUGGCGGUUAGUAUUGCGUAUCCUGCCUCAGACCUUCGGCUUCCUCCUGCCCCUGCUGGUCAUGCUGUUCUGCUAUGGAUUCACAAUACGCACUCUGUUUAACGCUCACAUGGGGCAGAAGCACCGUGCCAUGCGGGUCAUCUUUGCUGUGGUGCUUGUCUUCCUGCUCUGCUGGCUGCCCUACAACCUGGUCCUGUUGUCAGAUACCCUCAUGAGGACCCAUGUCAUUGAAGAGACCUGUGAGCGCCGCGAUGACAUUGACGGGGCCAUGGAGGCCACAGAGAUUCUAAGCUUCCUCCACAGCUGUCUUAAUCCCAUCCUCUAUGCCUUCAUUGGCCAAAAGUUUCGCUAUGGGUUUCUCAAGAUCAUGGCCACCUAUGGCCUGGUCAGCAAGGAGUUCUUGGCCAAGGAGAGUAAGCCCUCCUAUGUUGGCUCUUCCUCAGGAAACACUUCUACUACCCUCUAAGGUGGCCUGGCCCAAAUGGGCCCUUGGAGUUUCUCCAUCUUGGACGUCUCAUUCCAAGAUUCCAGUCCACUCUCUGUCGGGUCAUGGUGUCUGGAACACAGCCCCACUCUUAAGGUUAUGGCAAGGAGCAGAGGUUGCAUUCUUACUGGGCUCCCACUGCAUGGUUUAGAAAGCCUGUCCUGACACUCUACCCCUUUGCAUAAUUACUAUACCAACACAUAGUUGGCCUAUAGUUGUUCUGUUUUCUAAGAAUUGUACAUUAUUAGCCCAGUGCCAGGGGCUCAUGCCUGUGAUCCUAGCUACUCAGGAGGCUGAGAUCUGAGGAUUGCGGUUCAAAGCCAGGCUGGGGAAGGAAAGUCCAUGAGACCCCUAUCUCCAAUUAA